AUGGUACGACCAGCAACACCCUUGACGGUGCUGCUGUUUGCAGCCUUCAUUUUACUUCUCUUUUCGGUGAUUUCUAUUCCCGUCACCAAAUUCGUGCCGCUCGGAUCGUUUGGGGAUGUCAGGUAUGGCGUCUUUGGCUACUGCCAGGGUGACGCAUGUACCAAUAUUGCUAUAGGAUAUCCGCGAGAUGGAGCAUUAACCGAUGAAACUCAAAAGUUCGAUCUGCCUAGCUCAGUUCGCCAUACUCUGUCCGCCAUUCUGGUCAUUCACCCCGUAGCGGCACUCCUGACUCUCAUCAUGUUCUGUCUGGCUAUCGCUGCCCACAUGCACAGUGCAUCGCAUUCGUCGAGAUAUCUCCUCGUCCUGUUCGUUUUUAUCCUGAUCACCUUUCUCGUUUGUGUUGCUGGUUUUGUGGUAGAUGUGCUGCUCUUCAUACCUCACUUGGCAUGGGGCACCUACAUGGUGUUGGCUGCAUCCAUCGUUCUUGCUAUCUGCACCUUUGGGUCUUUCGCCAUGCGACGAACCACUGUUAGCAGGAAAGCUCGUCAGAAGCGCAUUGCGGAGAAUGCAGAGAUGAGUGGUGAAAACUACUACAACAGAGACGGUCAGGUCAAGUCGGCCCCUAUCUUUGCCAGCCAGCCAUCUUUUCCCGUUGUGAGCGGUGGAAAUUCCGGAAAGGAUAGCCUCCCUGCAUUUGCAACCUUUGAAAGUCAGAGUCAGCGAAAGGACGACCAAGUUAGCGACGAGAGAAUUCCUCUGACACAACGAAGUCCUGUAGAGAGAUCAGCAACCACUGUUCAUAGCGACGUGGCAAACAUGGGGGAGGCCACUAGUUUGGCCAGUUCAAGGCAAUCGCCGUCACGGGAUCGUUUUGGAAAUCCCAUCAAUGGGCCCGAUGCCUAUGGCAGGGAACGUGGUAGAGGCUACCGCGGCGGACGUGGUGAUGCUUAUGGCCGCAGAGGUUUCGAUACCUAUGGUGUAGCAGGUCGAGGACGUGGUGGAGGAAGAGGAGGUUAUGGUCCCUUGCCUGGCAGAGGGGGAGCUCGCGGGCGAGGUGAUUAUGGCCUUCCACCUCGAGGAGGACGCGGGCCGCCUCCGAUGGGAGGCUACGCUAAUUUGCCUCCAAAUCAACACAAUCAGAGGCCGCCAGGUAACGAAUACGCACCAUAUGGACAGACCCAGCCAUCACAAAAUUCAUUGGACCGUGGGUGGAAUGGAAGCCAACACGGCUUAGUAGCGGAUAACAAUGAUCUUCCCCGAGCCGAGUCUCCUCCGCCCUUGCCAGGACAAGUCCCGGGUGGUUCACAAGCUCUGGACACCGACACUACUCCUCUGAGUCCGCCGCCGCCAAAUGUUUACGGUCAGCAUAACCUACUUCGAGAUAGCGAUGUAGAUGUCGCUGGCAUGGUUGGCUUGCAGCAAGGUCGUCCAAUGCUCGGUGGAGGGCGUGAAACGAUUAUGAGCGACGGAAGCAAGUACAGCACCGACGAGCCGCAACAAUAUGUUCCACCACGGGCUGCGUGGAAUCAAAAUCCGGGGAGAAACUCGCCAAGAGCUCCUUCUCCAGGUGGCCAGAAUAUGCCUCCAACGAGGACAGGAUCGCGUAGCGACUACUACGAGGACACCAAUCCUCGAUUCGAUACUACGCCUCCUUCUGGACCGGUGCAAAGCCACCACCCAUCUGCCUAUCCUGAGCCACUGUUCGAGGAUGCUCAUGCUACGGGUGGUAGAGCACGAAGCCCUGCCGAAUCAGAACGAUCUAAUUUCACGUCUAUUUCCCAACGAGGAGUCAAUCCUCGAUGGGAACCACAUCCGCCAAUGCCCAACCAGGCACCCCUGAGCCGUCGACCGGUUCAGAUGAAGCAGCAGCGUCAGGAUGUGCUCUUGAACAACAACCCCGACUUCCAGUUACCAAGUUCACGCGGGCCAGGACCGAACCGAACCGGCAAUGGGAUGAUUCCCGGAAGCGCUUACCCUGGAGGCGCCAUUUAG